UUUAUGUGUUAAUCUUAUGCUUUAGCUAUAGAUUUAUCUCUGUCUAUGAGAUACAAGCAGAAAGCAUAAGGAAAAGGCUCUGGACGAUGAAUCAAAAUUUUUUUUCACCAUAUCAAUUUCAUCCAUUAAAAAAUGCUUUAAAACAGAAUUAAAAUGCGAGGAAAAUGGUACAUGUUCCCCUAAAUAUGGCAGUGUCCCACAAAACACUUGGGUCAUUUUCGCUUCUGUUGGAUUGCGCUCUUGUUGAUUGCUGGUCUGGUUACUUGUUCAUUUGCGCAUGCUCUUUUCUAUUUGAUAACUGGUAGUGUUUGUUUUUCUAUUGCUUGUGAAAUAUAAUUUGUCUUCUUUUUUUGCUCUGCAACAACCAACAACAUAGAUAUGUUUUUUAGUCUCUGUUUUGGGAGCAACUUGGAGAUCAAUAACCUUUCAGCUUCAAUUCCCUCUGUCACUAAGGUGGAUCUUUUGUAAUUAUCUUUUAAUCAUACUUACUGUCAUUAUUUUCUUAUUCAUCUCUGUUAUCGAUGUUAACAAAUCCGAAGUAUGUAUUUCUCCCUUUCCUUCUUUUAAAACUAAUACUCAGAACUGAUUUUGGAGAAAAACCAUUUCUAAGACCAGUAAUGCGUUCAAAAACCCAGUUUUGAACAUGGAACCGGUUUUGAUACUAAAACCGGUUUCUCCAUCUACAACGAUGCCCUUAGGACGCAUCUAGUGGUCUAGUAAAAUAAAGUUGUUACUUGUGAAAAGGUAAAACCAGAAUGAAUAAAGUAUUGUGACUUUGUCAUAAAAGUAAAACAAGGUUGAUUUUUCAGUUGUCACCCAUCUAACACACCCUGAAGGAAGAGUGAUAAAGUGAAACAGGGAAAAAUUCUGUUUCUCUCUGGUUUGUGGGCAUGGUUGAGAAAGAGAUGGAAGAUCCCAGUCUAGAAGUGAUCCGGAAAUGGAUAAAAGGCCUGUCAGAUGGGACUUAUGGUCAAGAGUUUACUUCCACCACAAGGGUUAUCCGGCUAGUAAAGGCACACAAAGGUUUCAUCCUUUGUGACUUGAUCAUACACAGUGGCUUGUUGGAUGAAAAUGGAAAUUGGCAUGUCAGUGCCAUAGCAACAUUAGUUGACAUCAUUGCAAGUUUUACCUCCUACUCCGUUACCUCGUGUCUGCAGGUCACUCUUGAUUUAAGUAUCUCAUACUACUCAACGGCAAAGCUUCAAGCAGUUUUCUCUUCAUCUUGUAUAAUUCACUUUUUAACCAUAGGAAGAGGUUGAAGUGGAGGCAAAGGUUAUAAGAAAGAAGGAUGAGUUGAUUUCUGUGAUUGUGGAAGUCAGGAAAAAGCAUAAUGGAGAACUGGUUGCUCUUGGAAAGCUGUGGAUGGUAGCUAGAAAGAAUCCAAGAAAGUAAACUCUACUUUGGUGUUUUAAUACUAGAUCCCAUACGAGUAAAUUCAGUGCUUCCUCUAACUACUUCGGUGUUUUAAUAUAUAGGUAGACGAGUAAAUUCAGUGUUUCCUCUUAGAGUGUAUACUGUGAGAGGCCUAACUCAACCCCAAAAGCUAACUCAAGGGAUGAGGGUUGCCCCUUACUUAUAUAUUCUAAUGCGGGAUUAACUUUUAGUCAAUGUGAGACUUGGAUUAUUUCUAACACUUAGUUUGUUAACAGUACCUAUAUAUUCAUUGGAAGUCAUUGUAAUUACUGCAAUAACAAUAAUUUAUCACAACUAUUACUACUACUAUUAACGACAAUAAUGAAUAAUUAAAUAAACCGAGUAGUUGAUCUGGU